UGGCAUCAGCCUGUUGUGUAGUUCAAGGUCUUCAGGUGUGAUGGCAACAUGACUGUGUAAGAUCUUAUACAUCAUCAGGAGUCUGGCCUUCUUCCUUCAAAGUUCCAAUCCCUCCAGCCCUAGUGAUUCAAGCAUUCCUGUCACACUUGAAUGGGUACUAUAGUCCCUGCAUAUCCACCUAGCUGCUUGUCGUUGGGUUCGUUCGAGAGGACUAGCAUCCUUCUUUUAGUGAGGAUCUUACACAGCUGAGCCAUAUUCCAUAAUGGAUCGCACCAUAGAGAUGUAUGCUGUCUUCUUGAUCUCUCUCCGGCAGCACUUGAGGUUCCUACGCAAGAAACCCAGCCCCGAGUUAGCUUUUUUGGCACACUGGCUGACCUGUUCUGAGUAGUUUAAGGCUGCUAGCAAUUUUCAUACCCAGGUAUGCGCAGGAAUCUACUUGGUCCAGGAUGGUAUUGUUGAGCUGGUACAUACGUGUGAUGGGUUUUGAGCGAGCUAUGGUCAUAAUUUUACAUUUCCGAGUGUUAAAUGCCAUUCCCCACUUUAAACUCCAUUGUUUCAGCUCAUCCAGGUCCUGUUGUAGUUUGAUCUGGUCUUCUGGUGAGUGAAUCUCUCUAUACACCAAGCAGUCAUCUGCAAAUAGUCUGCACCUUGUACUCAGGUCGAGUUUAGUGGUAAGGCCAUUAAUGAAGAACAGGAAGAGAAGAGGACCCAGAACUGAUUCUUGUGGCAACCCCGACGUAACGUCAGCUUCCUGUAAAUACUUGCCCUCCACAAGUACCUUCUGCUUCCCACCUGUGAGAAAAGUUUCUAUCCAGUUAAUUAUGUUGUUGUUGACUCCUUAAUGUUGUAAUUUACGGAUGAGCUGCUGAUGAGGCACCUUGUCAAAGGCUUUGCUGAAGUCCAAAACAGCAACAUCUACUGGGUCUUCUUGUCUCGGAUGUUUAAAUCUGGAGCAGCAAUUUGUACGUUUUACCUCAUCAAUGUAUGCAGUAAAGGCACAGCCUGCCCAUACAGACAUGUUAAAGGAGACAGAACAGUAGUGUGUAAGCACUGGCUCAGAGGACUCUGUAAGAAGGGAGAUGACUGUGAAUUUCUUCACGAGUUUGACAUGAGUAAAAUGCCAGAGUGCUACUUUUUCUCCAAAUUUGGUGAAUGUAACAACAAAGAGUGCCCCUUUCUUCACAUUGACCCCUCUGCCAAAAUCAAAGAUUGCCCCUGGUAUGACAGAGGGUUUUGUAGGCAUGGUCCAAACUGUAAAAAUCGUCAUGUUAGAAGAGUGCUUUGCCAAUGCUAUCUGAACGGGUUUUGCUUAGACGGACCAAAGUGUAAAUACAUGCAUCCCAGUUUUGAUAUCCCUGUUUUUGAUCAGCAAACAUCCACAAAGAAAGUCAACAUUGUCUGUCAUUUUUGCUCAGAGCCUGGACACAAAGCGCUGACCUGUCCAAAAAUGAAAACUUCGGAUUCUUCUGAUAAAAUCAAUGUCAUUCAGACCACAGUAGACAGUACCUACCAGCCAGGGACAGGCCAUAAUAUGCAUCUGCCAUACAAACCACCAAUGGGUCAAGAUAACUACAUUGACCCAAGACGGCCACUUGACCAGGUCACAUGUUUCAAGUGCGGAGAGAAAGGGCAUUAUGCAAACAAGUGUCCCAAAGGCCAUCUAGCAUUUUUAGCCUCAUCUUCAGUGAGCUGAUGGGAACAGAUGUGUUUUACCAUUCAACUUUAUAUGUGAAAUAUUUGUUAAAUUGACUUCCAUGUCUAAAGACUGAAAUAGUGACUUUUUAUAAUAUUCUUAUACUCUUGAUUUCAGAUUUUAAAAAAAAAGGUUGAAAUAAAUGAAAUGAUGGAGUAAA